AUGGCGCGACCGGCGAUAGAGGAGCGCAAGGAGAAGCCGCCACGUGGGCUUCAGGAUUGCCUCGGAGUGUUAGGUCCAGGAGAUGUUAUAGCAGAGUAUUAUCAGCAGCAAAUAGAAAUGCUGGAAGGGUUUAAUGAAAUGGAUACCUUAACGGACCGUGGUUUUCUUCCUGGAAUGUCAAAGAUUCUUGUGUUUUGCUAUAUAGGAAGCAGCUGUGAGAAGAUUGCUAGAAAUGAGACCUUUGCCAUCAGAAUAUCAAACAUAGCGAAUAUGGUUUUAUUUGCUGCAAAAGUUUAUGCUUCAAUAAGGAGUGGCUCAUUGGCGAUUAUUGCAUCGACCUUGGAUUCUCUUCUUGAUCUUUUAUCAGGUUUUAUCUUGUGGUUCACUGCAUUCUCUAUGCAAACACCGAAUCCCUAUCAGUAUCCAAUUGGGAAAAAGCGCAUGCAGCCACUGGGAAUCCUCGUUUUCGCAUCUGUUAUGGCAACUCUUGGUCUCCAGAUUAUAUUGGAGUCAGCACGUUCACUAAUAUCGGAUGAAGAUGGGUUCAGCUUGACAGAGGAGCAAGAAAUUUGGGUGGUGGACAUCAUGUUAUCAGUGACGUUGGUGAAGCUUCUCUUGGUUGUCUAUUGCCGCUCCUUCACUAAUGAGAUUGUCAAGGCUUAUGCACAAGAUCACUUCUUCGAUGUAAUCACCAAUGUCAUCGGACUUGUAGCUGCACUUCUAGCCAAUUACAUAAAGUAUUGGAUUGACCCAGUUGGAGCCAUUAUUCUAGCUCUGUACACUAUCCGAACUUGGUCAGCAACUGUUCUGGAGAACGUAAACUCUCUGGUAGGCCGGUCAGCAGCACCAGAGUAUCUACAGAAACUGACAUACCUCUGCUGGAACCACCACAAGGCUAUCAGACACAUCGACACAGUUCGAGCUUACACAUUUGGGUCCCACUAUUUCGUAGAGGUUGACAUUGUCUUGCCGUCGGGGAUGCCUCUCAGAGAAGCUCACGAUAUUGGGGAGGCGUUGCAGGAGAAGCUAGAGUCAUUGCCUGAUAUAGAGCGAGCAUUUGUGCAUCUAGACUAUGAGUUCACUCAUCGGCCUGAACAUGCACAAUCCCAUGAUGGAUAGCUUAUGGUUACAUAGAGAAUGUAUAGAGAUACGUGCACAAUUUGUGGAAAUAUUUUGCCACUUUACCAGGCUUGAAACUGUGCUAUGUGCAGUUUGUAAUGGAGUUAUUUUGAAAAUUAGUCCCCUAAAUCUUCAA